AAACAUCAAAUGGUCAGAAUGCAGCUCUCUUCAUCUUCUGUUGUAUGCUUCUCUAAAUUAUUUAAAACUAUCCUAAAUAUGAAGCAUUAUUCUUCUGUUGUUUUGCUUUUUCGAGAAAUGCAGAAAUUGGGUAUCCCAAUUGAUGGAUUCAUCUUGAAUAUUUUGAUUAACAGUUAUUGUCUGAUGCAUCGUGCUGAUUGUGCAUUUUCGGUCUUACCCAUUUACUUGAAGAAUGACAUUUCGUUUGAUGUUGUCACCUUUAACACCCUAUUAAGGGGAAUCUUUGCCGAAAAUAAGGUCAAAGAUGCAGUUGAAUUGUUCAAAAAAUUGGUGAGAGAGAAGAUUUGUGAGCCUGACAAAGUCAUGUAUGCAACAGUCAUGAAUGGGCUUAGUAAAAGGGGUCAUACGGAGAAGACUUUAAGUUUGCUCCGGUUAAUGGAACAAGGAAGUACUAAGCCCAACAUAUAUAUUUAUAGCAUUGUUAUAGAUGCUUUUUGCAAAGAUGGAAACAUAGAUAUUGCUGUGAACCUUUUGAACGAGAUGAAGCUGAAAGGCAUUCCUUCAAACAUAGUCACAUAUAGUUCAUUGAUUGAUGGUUUGUGUAAGUUUGGUCAGUGGGAAAAAGUUAAGACUUUGUUCUCUGAGAUGGUGAACCUUAAUAUUUAUCCAGAUGUGCGCACCUUCACCAUGGUGAUUGAUGGACUAUGCAAAGAAGGAAAAGUCGAAAAUGCAGAGGAAGUAAUGAGACACAUGACCGAUAAAGGUGUAGAGCCUAAUGUGUUCACCUAUAAUGCCAUAAUGAAUGGACAUUGUUUGUGUGGUCACCUGGCUAGAGUGAGGGGAGUUUUUGAUUCCAUGAUAGAUAAGAACAUUGAACCUAACAUUAUUAGCUAUAACACACUAAUAAAUGGAUACUGCAAGGAAAAGAGAAUGGAUGAGGCCAUGCAAUUGUUUGGUGAAAUUUCUCAAAGGGGAUCAAAACCUGAUAUCAUUACCUACAAUACUAUCUUGCAAGGGUUAUUUGAAGUUGGAAGAAUUGGAGAUGCGAAAAAAGUUUAUGCCGAAAUGCUUUCUGCAGGUUACGUACCUAAUUUAUGCACUGAUCACACUUUUCUCAAUGGUUAUUUUAAGUACGGACUUGUUGAAGAAGCUAUGUCGCUCUUUAAUAAGUUGGAAAGAAAGAGAGAAAAUAUUGAUAUAGUAUCUUACAAUAUAAUCAUUAAUGGCUUGUGCAAAAAUGGUAAACUCGACAAAGCUCGUGCCAUAUUUGAGAAGCUUUCUUUAAUUGGAUUGCUUCCGGAUACAAGAACAUAUAAUAUAAUGAUAAAUGGAUUUUGUCUUGAAGGGUUGUUAGAUGAAGCAAGUGAUAUGUUAAGAAAAAUGAGGGACAACGGUUGUUUGCCGAACAUUGUCACUUACAAUGUUAUUGUGCAAGGUUUUCUCAGGUGUAGCAAAAUUAGUGAAAUGGCAACAUUCAUGAAGGAAAUGGUUGGAAGGGGCUUCUCAUUUGACGCAACUACAAUAGAGUUAUUAAUAAACGUUAUAAAGGAGAAUCCUUCCGUCCUUGACAUGAUACAAGAGCUUCACUCGGAAAAUAAGAAGUUUUUUAUUACUGCAAAAGAAAUGGUUUCCAAUGCAAUUGUGGAAGCUGAAAAACUGGCAAUUAAAACGUUGCUUGGGCUUUCCAGACAGGCAAAUUGGAAUUAUGGGUUUCAUAUUAACGUUAGGAGGAAGAGAGUAGUUGUAUGUUUGUUGUCAUACAGCAUUGUCUGGAGUCCUGUAUUGUUUGUACGAUCUUUAUCUUUUGCAGGUGUGGUUUGCAAAGUGGAUUCCUGGCUUGUUGAGAUUACUCAUACUGAAAAACUGUGUGACAGCAACUCAGUUUGUAUCCUGUUAUUUUUCACACUUACGAAAAGAUUUCCCUUCAAACGCACUGGUCUUUCACAUCCACUAAAAAUUAUCCCACCAAAGAAGAUGAGGAGAAUUUCUCUGCGCAAUGCUACCGAUUCUGGUUCGGCAACAGCAGUUAUUAGACCUUAUUCUUCAUGCCAUACUAAUACAUCCAUUUCAGUUAAGGGUAAAGUUGAGUUAAACAUCAAUUUUGAGAAGGUCAAGUGUUUAGAUGAUGUUGUCACUCUCUUCCAUCAAAUGGUCAGCAUGCAGCCUCUUCCUUCUAUUGUCGACUUCUCUAAAUUAUUUAAGACUAUCCUAAAUAUGAAGCAUUAUCCUUCUGUUGUUUUGCUUUUUCGAGAUGAUUGUGCAUUUUCGGUGUUGCCCGUUUAUUUGAAGAAUGGCAUUCCAUUUGAUGUUGUCACUUUUACCGCUCUAAUAAGGGGACUCUUUGCUGAAAAUAAGGUAAAAAAUGCAGUUGAAUUGUUCAAAAAAUUGGUGAGAGAGAAGAUUUGUGAGCCCGACGAAGUCGUGUAUGCAACCGUCAUGAAUGGGCUUAGUAAAAGGGGCCAUACUCAGAAAACGUUAAGUUUGCUCCGGUUAAUGGGACAAGGGAACACUAAGCCCAACAUAUAUACGUACAACAUUGUCAUAGAUGCCUUUUGCAAAGAUGGAAACUUAGAUAGUUCUAUCAACCUUUUGAACGAGAUGAAGGAGAAAGGCAUACCUCCUAAUGUAGUCACCUACAGUUUAUUGAUUGAUGGUUUGUGUAAGCUUGGUCAAUGGGAAAAAGUUAAGACUUUGUUCUCUGAGAUGGUGAACCUUAAUAUUUAUCCAAAUGUGUGCACCUUCAACAUAGUGAUUGACGGACUAUGUAAAGAAGGAAAAGUUGAAGAUGCCGAGGAAGUAAUGAGAGACAUGAUUGAAAAGGGUGUAGAGCCUGAAAAAGGUGUAGAGCCUGAUAUAAUCACCUACGAUGCGAUAAUGGAUGGACAUUGUUUGUGUGGUCAAUUGGAUAGAGUGAGGAGAGUUUUUGAUUCCAUGAUAGGCAAAAACAUUGAACCUACCAUUAUUAACUAUAACAUAUUAAUAAAUGGACAUUGCAAGGAAAAGAUAAUGGAUGAGGCCAUGCAAUUGUUUCGUGGAAUUUCUCAAAAGGGAUCAAAACCUAAUAUUGUUGGCUACACUACUAUCUUGCAAGGUCUAUUUGAAGUUGGAAGAAUAGGAGAUGCAAAAGAAUUCUUUGCUAAGAUGCUAUCUACAGGGUCGGUACCUGAUUUAUACACUCACGGCAUUUUGCUCAAUGGUUAUUUUAAGUACGAACUUGUUGAAGAAGCUAUGUCACUCUUUCAUAAGUUGGAAAGAAAGAGAGAAAAUACUAAUAUUAUAUUUUACAAUAUUAUCAUUAGUGGUUUGUGCAAAAAUGGUAAAGUCGACGAAGCUCGUGCUAUUCUUGAGAAGCUUUCUUCAAUUGGAUUGCUUCUGGAUGUGAGAGCAUACACUGUAAUGAUAAAUGGAUUUUGUCUUGAAGGGUUGUUAGAUGAAGCUAAAGACAUGCUAAGAAGAAUGGAAGACAACAGUUGUUUUCCAAACAAUGUCACUCACAAUGUUAUUGUGCAAGGAUUUCUGAGGUGGAGCAAAAUUAGUGAAAUGGCAUCUUUCAUGAAGGAAAUGGAUGGAAGGGGCUUCUCAUUUGCUGCAACUACAGCUGAGUUACUAGUAAAGGCUAUAAGUGAGAAUCCUUCUGUCAAGCCUUGACAUGAUACCAGAGCUUCACUUGAAAAAUAAGAAGUGAACAUUUCUUUUGCUUGGUUUAUUCGGCUGUGCCAUCACUGUUAUACAAUUCCAUUCCUGCAAAAGAAAUGGCAUCCAAUGCAAUUGCAGAAGCGGAUGGCAAUUAGAACGUGCUUGAGCUUUCCAGGCAGGCCUAUUGAGGAGAUCACCACAUCAGGCACAUUCUAGUUGUUGAUCUGGACUCCAUUGGAGAUGUUGUCCCGGCUGUUGUGAGCGAGCAUAAGGAUGAGUUGAGAUGGUUAAAUGCCUACAUACAAGGUGGUUAUUAGAUGAUGAUGAUGACAAGAAAUAGUUGGAUCAUGCCUUUAAUCUUGUAAAUAUCGACAUGCUUGGAUCUACUGCUCUACUUUUUCCAGUUUAGUGUGCUUAUAACUGGCGUGUUGGAGAUGACAAGUUUCUUUAAACAAAAUAAAAGAACAGGCUCAUCACGGUCACACCAGAAACUGAAGUUCUGAAGCGAUGCAACUGAUAACAGCCCUUGACAUCCUUCAAUCACUUGCGACAAUUGGCUCAUUUCCUCCAUUUCAGUCAUUAGACCUUCUUUCCAAAGAUAACCGCUUCAGGCAUAUUCUUGUUUGUUGUCCAUUGGAGAUGUUGUUCGUGUCGUUGCAAGUGAGCAUAGGGAUGAGCUGAACCGUUCAAUUACCAAACAGACAAAGGAGGUGUUAUUAGAUGAAGAUAGACAAGAAAUAAACGGACAGUGCCCUUAUUCUUGUAAAUAUAACAUAUCAACAUUCUUGGGUCUACUGCAUUACUUUUGCAGUUUAUUGUGCUGAUGACUAGCAGUUGUUUAAUAUUGACAUAUUCUUUCAGUUAAGCUCAAGAUAUUUCCUGUGUCAGCACAAUGCAGAAAACAAUAGCCAUCCAUUCAUACAUUGUAAAGUGACUUGGCAGCUGGGACAGAUAUUUUUAGCAUGACCUGAAGAGGGUCAUGCCAGAAUCUACGGUCUUAGUUCA